AUGAAAAAAACACAACUAUUACUUGUCACUUUAAUAGUGUCACUUGUUGUCCAAUUUUGUUUUCAAAACACAGUUGUGGCAAGUGAAUAUAAUGAGAGUGUCAUUGCUCGUCGUAUGAUGGAGAGAGGACAUCCAGAACGUUCCUUCUAUGAGCCCUAUUAUACUGGAUAUUUCAAUAGAGAUGUUUACGCAGCUGCUGUAUUAUCCAAUGAUGCUUAUAAUGAUUUGUCAACUUCUUCUACUUAUGUUCCAGAAUACACACUUGUCUACAGAUAUCAUGAGUCUGUUUCCGUGUUCAAUAUUUAUGUUUCUACUUCAGAGAAGAAGAUUGUCUUUUCCUUUAGAGGAACUGAUGGUUAUUUAGAUUGGAUACAAAACUUUGAAGCUGUUCCAGUGCCAUACGCCAUAACACCAACAACAACUAUUUGGCUGCAUGCAGGUUUUCUUUUUGAAAUUUUAGAAUACAAGCAAAUAUUGAAGAAUUUUGUGAAUGGUUAUUCUGGAUAUAGAAUAAUUUGGACUGGGCAUUCACAAGGUGGUGCUUUAGCUCAAGUUGCUGCUACAAUUAUUGGACAAGAAUUGUCAAUUCCAAUGGAUAGAGCUCAAUUGAUUACUUUCGGUUCACCUGCUGCUGGUAUGGAUAACUUUGCUAAUUUUGCUUCUAAAAAAGUGAAACAUACACGUAUUGUGAAUGCAUAUCCAUGCUACCUAUUUAAUUGUUUUGAAGUGGAUAUUGUUUCUGAAAUUAUUCCAUUUUUCGAUCAUUUUGGAGAUUGGUUUCCAAUACAAACAGAUUACUAUCAAUAUUUUAGUAGACAUAGCAUGGGUAAUUAUCAAUUACAAGUUAGAAAUAGAGUAUUGUUUAAUAAUUUAAUCUCCUUAUCUGUUUAUCCUAAUUCAAUCAUUUAUCAACAAUCUUCAAGAAUUUACUUCAACACUUUUGAAAUUGCUUUAUGUAACCGUUACUCAAGUUUAAUUCUCAAUUUCUAUAAGAGUGGCUACAAUCAACAAGCUCAAUUACCAUGUAAAGGUGAACAAAUUGAUAUUACAAGUUUACCACCUGGUGUUUAUGAACUACAAGGAAUAGUUUCUGGUCAACCAGUUUUAACAUUCCCAAAACAACUCACUAUUGAAAGUCCUCCAUUCACAUGUCCAUUCACAUGUUCUGCAUGUGAUUAUUCAAAUAUGAAUUGCUCAAGUUGUGUAAAUGGAUUCUAUGGUCCAUUGUGUCAAUUCUAUUGUAAUCCUAAUUGUUUAACAUGUAAGAGUGCAACAAGUUGUUUGACAUGUAAGAAUUCUAUAACAUCCUCUCCACCACCAACAUGUGCACCUAAAUGUACCAAUUGUGCGAAUGGUCAAUGUAUUGACGGUGUUUGUGUUUGUAACUCUGGUUAUGGAGGUGUUAAUUGUUCCUCAGUUAUUUGUCCUGAAAGUUGCCUUAAAUGUACAACACCAUAUUUGUGUUCAUCAUGUUUACCAAGAACAUUUGGUGCUACUUGUUCAUUUACAUGCAUUCCUAAUUGUUUGACUUGUUCAGAUGAUAAGACUUGCACAAAAUGUGAUGCUGGUUUUACUGGGCAAACUUGCUCAACUGGUCCAAAUUAUUUUGAAACUUUAUUUUUACCAACUUUCAAUGCACCUUAUGCAAUCUUCCCAUAUCGCAUUAGAUAUAUUGAAUCAAAUGGCUACAGUAUUGGAAAUAGAAGAGAUGUUAUAUUCAGCUACACACAACCAACUUCAACAACAUCUGCAGUUAGUACAUUACUAUUCAAAAAUGCUACAUUUGCACCUUUUACAAGUCUAUCUAGUUACUCAGCUAGAUUCAUGGCAACAACAUCUGUUCCAGGUAUUUUACUAGUCACUCCAUUUACUCCAGCCCAAAGUUAUCCUUCAUUCCCUAAUUCUCCAACAAUGGUUUACAAUACUGGAAUUAAUGAGACAUUUAUUGAUGUUCAAACAAAUUAUUUCUAUUCCUUUUUUUUGACUAAAGAAGGAAAUGUUAGAUCUUUUGGUGAAUUAUCUGUUGCUGGUUGUUAUCCAAGUGGAUUUUUUGGAGUUUACAAAACAAACUUUACAAAAUUGGCUAUCCCACACAAAAUUUCAUACCUUUCUUGCUAUUCUUUACAAAAUUUAUGUUUCGCUUACAGUAGAGAAUCAAGAAAAUUAUUUGCUUGGGGUCCAAUUUCUGAUAAUUACUACGGUACAAAUACUGGACUUUGUCAGUAUUCACCACUAGAAUUAGACAUUACUACUUUUGGAAGUGAAAUUCUCCUGUCCAUUUCUUUUUCACAAAAUGUUGUGAUGUAUCUAAUGGAGAGUGGCAAAAUAUUUUACACAGGUUCCUGGAGUUCAUUACUACCAAGAGUUUCCUAUCCAACACUCUUAUCUACAUCAUUCAUUGGAACAACUGAGAGAAUCACUAGAAUAACUUUUAUAGAAUAUAACUCUCUCAUGUUCACAGCAUAUAAUGGUAAUAAUUACAUUGUAGGACCUUUCUAUAAAUUUCCAUAUCCAGCAGCAAAUCCAUCCACUUCAGGUUCUUUAUGGGGAGGUGGUGUUGGAAAGCAAGUUAUUGGAAAUAUGAUUUAUUCACCAACCAUGUGUAAUGGAUUAUUUGAUUCAGAUCCUAAUGUAUGUAGUGGAAACGGAAUUUGUGAAGAGCUUGAUAUGUGUUAUUGUAAAACAGGUUAUGCAGGAAUUAAUUGUGAAGUUCCAAUUUGUGGUGGAAAGAGAGCUGAUGUUGCAAGUGUUUGUUCUGGUAUUGGUUCAUGUCUCUCACCUAAUAAUUGUUCAUGUCCAAAUGGAUAUAAUGGUACUAAUUGUGAGAUUAGUUCAGUUUCUAAUUGUCUUCCAUCUGCAUCUAAUUGUCAAUCAUGUAAGAGUGGAUUUUAUGAUACUUCUAAAUUAUGUAGACUCAAAUGUUUAGUUAAUUGUGAAGUAUGUUCAUCAAGUGAAACAUGUAAUAAGUGUUUAGAUGGUUUGAAAGGUCAAUAUUGUAAUGAGAAAGUUUGUAAAGUUUCCAAUUGUGCAACCUGUUCAACAAGUACAGGUGAUUGUUUAGAAUGUAACGAAGGAUAUUAUGGAAGUUAUUGUAAUAUUAUAUGCCCAUCUAAUUGCAAAUCAUGUUCAUCAGAGGUAUCAUGUUCAACAUGUAGAUCUGGAUGGACAGGUCCAACAUGUCAAAUUCCAGUUUGUAAUGAGAAUUGCAUUGCAUGUUCAUCUCCAAAUCAAUGUUCUAAAUGUUUUAAUGGAUUAUAUGGUUCAGAUUGCAGUAAUACUUGUCCAUCUACAUGUGAAAGUUGUAUCAAUUCCACAUCUUGUCUCACAUGUCCUCCAUAUUCAAGUGGUUCAAUGUGUGAAAUUCAGACGGAGAAUUGUCUUUCGUUUAUUAAUUCUCCGCCAAAGGUUUCAGUUACAAAUUUAGGAUCUUCAAAGAUUAUGUAUACCAUUUCAGUUUCUAAUAUUCUUUCAAGAUCUACAAACAUGACAAGAUUAUCAUUCUCUGAAAUUUCUACUUGUGAAAGAAAUGUUACUGAUCUUGUCACAAAUUCUACAAGUCAAUUGACAUGUGAAACUCAAUAUUCUAUUUCUACUUCUAUUUCUGAUUUGAUUUCUGAUUCAAGAGUCACUCAACAAUUAGAUUCUUCUGGAGUUGUUCUUACCUUGACAGUUCCAAUUUACAUUAGUUUAAUUUCUAAUAAUAAUUAUUGUCAAAUUACAAAUUACAAAGUUGAUCAUCAAAUCAAGUUAUUACUUUCAUCUCAUCAAUAUAUUGAUAUGGGUGUUGUUAAUUCAAAUAGUUCAAUUAGUCAAAUUUCAUUCAGAAGAGAAUUACUGUCAGUUUCGAAUAACAAAUUGAAAGUUUCAGGUACUUUAUUCUCACAAAAAGCCUUCAUUGAAAGUGUUUCAUUUAGCAAGUCAGAACCAAAUCACAAUGUGUCAUUUGAUAUUUCAUUACAAUUCAAAUCAAAUGGUGAAUAUUACAUGACAAUUAUAGCAAGAGAAUAUUUAAAUUACUAUUCAGGUGAUUUCACAUUCCAAGUUUAUGUUAAAUCUCCAGAGGGUGAUUUAUAUCAAGUACCAUUAAUUAUUUCACUUUCGUAUUACAUGCCAAUUAAUCCACCUCCUUCAGAAUUUAAACUUUUAACUCAAUUGAGUUUAUUUUCUGAUAAUUUCAAGGAAUCAAAGAAUUUAUUUCAAUUAUCUGAAAAGCCACAUGUUGUUGUAAAGGUUGUAGAUACUGAAGGAAAGGCAGCUUCAUUACAAAGUACAGUUAGAAUUUCUAUUAAGAAUUCUUAUUUGUGUUGUGUUAGUUCAGGUCGAUCAAUGCCAACAUUUGAUUUAACAAAUGGUCAACUAGGAUGUACUGUUUACAAUCCUUCAUUAAUGACUAGUUGGAUUCAACUUGUUAGAAAUCAAAGUGAAAUAUCUCAAUAUGAAUCAACAAUUAUCAAAUUCCCAUUUGUUAAUAAUCAAAUUGCAUUUAGUUUUAAAUUAACUUCACAAAUGUUUUCCAAUUCUACAUUUGGAAGUGUUAAUGAUUGUUUCAUUCAUACAGAAACUAUUCUAACAAAUGAUGGAAUUUCCAGUAGAAGAACAAGUAGAAAUCAAUUGGCUUCUUCUUCAGUUGUUGAAAGUUAUCAUUCAUUUGAUAUUCUAAGAUUUUUUAAUAACCAACAACAACAACCUUCACCAAUUCAACCAUCACCUUCUGAUUUAAUGACAUCAACUACUAUUACACUCAAUUCUUCCUCAAUGUUAAAACAUUCAAUGAUUAUGAUGGUAUUAUUUGUUGUUAUCAUUGUAUGCUUAAUCAACUAUUAUUAAAUUGUUACUCUUUUUUAAUGUU